UCACGAAAAAACCCCUUAAAUAUUUUUCGGCCUCACUCUGAAUGGUUCUUCUCAAUCUAGGGUUUCAAUAAUUCUCUCUCGAUUUUUUCCUGAUCAGUUGUCUAAUCAAUGGCUUCAGUUGUUCUUAGAAAUCCUAAUUCCAAACGUUUGGCUUCAUUUUAUAAAUGUAGAGGAGCUCUAUUAAGCAAUCAUUUCUCCAUCUCUGAAUCACACUCUGGAAAUCAAGAUUUAGCCUCAGAUGUCUCUCCAUGGUGGAGAUCAAUGGCUACAUUUACACGGACGAAACCUCACGUAAAUGUUGGGACCAUUGGACAUGUUGAUCAUGGAAAAACCACAUUAACUGCUGCAAUUACAAGGGUUCUUUCAGAAGAAGGCAAAGCGAAGGCUAUUGCUUUUGAUGAGAUUGACAAGGCUCCAGAGGAGAAAAAGAGAGGAAUUACUAUUGCAACGGCACAUGUGGAAUAUGAGACCGCUAAGAGGCAUUAUGCGCAUGUCGAUUGCCCAGGACAUGCUGACUACGUGAAAAACAUGAUUACUGGAGCAGCCCAAAUGGAUGGAGGCAUUCUUGUCGUAUCAGCUCCUGAUGGGCCCAUGCCGCAGACCAAGGAACAUAUUUUAUUGGCACGUCAGGUUGGUGUGCCUUCACUUGUCUGCUUUAUGAAUAAGGUUGAUGUUGUUGAUGAUCCAGAGUUACUGGACCUUGUGGAGAUGGAACUGCGUGAACUUCUUAGCUUCUACAAGUUUCCUGGAGAUGACAUUCCAAUUAUUAGGGGUUCAGCUUUGUGUGCCUUACAGGGGACAAAUGAGGAGUUAGGGAAAAAGGCCAUUCUUAAGUUGAUGGAUGCGGUAGAUGAAUACAUUCCCGACCCUGUACGUCAGCUUGACAAACCAUUUUUGAUGCCGGUUGAAGAUGUUUUCUCAAUACAGGGACGUGGAACUGUUGUUACUGGUCGCAUUGAGCAAGGAAUGAUAAAAACUGGAGAAGACGUUGAGAUUUUGGGAUUAAUGCAGGGUGGUCCUUUGAAGAGUACCGUGACUGGUGUAGAAAUGUUCAAGAAGAUCUUAGAUCAUGGGGAAGCUGGAGAUAAUGUGGGCCUUCUGUUACGUGGUUUAAAGCGUGAUGAUGUCCAACGAGGACAAGUAAUCUCAAAACCUGGUGCUCUGAAAACAUAUAAAAGAUUCGAGGCAGAAAUCUACGUCCUCACAAAGGAUGAAGGUGGACGCCAUACAGCUUUUUUCUCAAACUACAGGCCUCAGUUUUAUCUGAGAACUGCUGAUGUCACUGGGAAGGUCGAACUGCCUGAGGAUGUCAAGAUGGUUAUGCCCGGUGAUAACGUCACAGCAACUUUUGAGCUGAUAUCAGCCGUUCCACUUGAAUCAGGUCAAAGAUUUGCCUUGAGAGAGGGAGGCAGGACAGUGGGUGCAGGAGUAGUUUCAAAGGUUAUCAGCUAAUCUGUUCCAACCACGCCAUAUUUCUGUUAUUCUCUAAUCUUGCGACUGAGGAAAAUAUUACCUAUUCAUGAAAUAUUGUCAUGUGGUAGAAUUGUAGCCCACACAGUAGAUGUUCGUUUUGAGCAUUCUUAGAGAAGUGAAAUUGAUGCUUUGAGAUUUUGCAUUAGUCUCAAAAAUUCCAAAAAUGAUGAUAGUAUGCAGUUCUGUGAGGGUACAGUUUUCUUGGAUAUGUUAGAAUUGUCAUAAAGUUUUCUUUUACCUGUAUCUUCAAUAAAUAGGGUUCAACAAUAUAAUCAGACAAGUUAUUUUUAUAUCCUUGCAUAAAUAUCUGAAUUUUGAAGAUG